UUGUUUAUCGAAGAAAAAGAACGUGCAGGAAAUCGUUUAGAUUGCUUGAAAAAUAGUCUGUUUCAGUGUCUCAUCGAUAUAUGGAUGAAUACAAAUGAGAAUGUGGAAAUCGGCCUCCCGAAAAGUGAUGUUAACAGCGAUGUUGAUAGUCCUACGUUGAAUGGUGGUGUGACUGGCUGGCGCGAGUCGAAAACGGAUAAUGGUAAAUUGAUAUUGUUUGUUCAAUCUUGAAAAAUGGCUGAAGUUGACAACGAAAACGUGGAGACUUUUGGAGAGGGUAUUAUCGAAGAGACGAUAUUAAACGGUGAAUUAGGUGUUGAUGAAGACGAGCCUGGAAGAGAUCGAUUUGGUUAG